UUUCAUUCUGCCUGCUUUUUAUUUUUUUUCUUACUAUUUCAAUAUCCACUGUACCUUUUUGUUGUUCUGCUUCUAAAUUGAGCUUGUUUACUCCAAUCUGUAAAUUUAUGUUUCGAGCUUUACGCCUGCUACUUAAACCAAACGGCUAAUUCAUGCCAGCACGAAAAGAAGUGUGUCAAUGCCCGAUUUCGAACUUUAACCACUACGUGUCGUAAAGUUUAGUAAGUAAGCACUUCACCACUCCACUAUCGCAAACACUGAAGUCUUUAUUUUUCUUCAGUAAGCUACUGUUCAUUUAAUAAACCUUAAAUAAAUGAACGAUAAAAGUAUUCUUUUCGGUUUUAUUCCGAUCUGAGGGGCACAUACAAAUAGAUGCGGUGUUGAGCUGUCAGGCAAAUCAAUAAUAAAGUAAAUUAUUCCAAAACGAAUCCGGCGAACAUUGAAAAUGAAUAUCCUCUGAAUAUAUUGGCUAUACUAUGAAAACCGUAGGAAAAAUUUGUUUAAAAGGAAGAUAAGUUUCUAGUCUCGCAAACCAACGCUCAGUGGUCAAGGCUGUGCUUCUCAAAAACCAAAGCGCUGUGAAAAUUUAUCGAAGAUUAGUAAAAACAAAGCAAAGGCUUUGAUGAAAAAACCAUAGCACGAGGAUGGUGCAACAAAGGAGGUUCGAGUGCUGAAGGCGAAAAGUCAUGGAUAGAGCGAGAAAUUGGAUAUAUAAACACGAAUAUUAGGUAUAUAUACACUGAUCUUACGCUGCGACAGUGCUGGGAUAAAUGUAUAAAGAAUAAAGGAGAGCGUUUUUAACACGUUGAAAAUCCUUGUUCUAGCUUAACUAGCUUAACUAAAAAGCUCUUCAACUUCAAAGUCUACCAAGUUCGUGCUCAGCUAGCUUACAUUCUAUUUAUUUGGAUAAGUCUCAAGAAAUAUAAUUACGUAGUUAUUCGUAGUAGUUACUAGUGUUUAUUCCAGGAAGACCGGAAGCCUUGUGCUUCGUGGCAGGAUCAGCGGCAGCCUCUUUGGUGGCACAUUUCACACCGGGCUUCACCUGUGUCACCGAUUAGAUGGUCUUAUAUACGCGUUCAGACCUGCUGCAGGCUGUACUUCUAGUAGAAGCAUACGUAUUAAGGCCUGGUCUUUGAGUCUAGUUACGUUCUAUGAGGAAACAGGUUCCGCGUAGUAAAUUGAGAGCUGUUUGAGAUGGGUAUGUCGACCGCUUGUGGGGUGCAGUUUAGCAUGGACUCCAUAGCCAGCAUGCAAGAUCUGGCUCGUCCGCUGUGUCCACAAACGAGCUCGAGACAUUAGCUUGCGUCGUCAGUUCGUCACGUACUUCAUUAGCGCUCUAUGGUUAGGCAUUCAUUUUGGUCAUUGGCAUUCUUCUUCAAGCACUUGUACAUCAUUGUAGUAGAAAUGAAAUAAAAACACCCAUUCAACUCACUACGUUAAAUGGUUUCUAAAAUAAUGCUGCCAUGCGCUACUAGUUUGGACCGUACCGCAUUUUGAAAGCCAGCUUCAUUUGAAGAAAUUAUCCUCAGCUAUUUUUUAGUCAUUGUCCGGCCAUAGCCACCGGCUCCGUUCUCACUUAGCAGCAAUCUACGUAAUUGUAGUUCGCAUUUUGCUUCUUGGCUUAGACCUUGAAAAUUUGUAAAUAAAGUAUACCUUUGCUCUUCCUGAACAUACUGCUCUCGACUUACUUGCAAUACUACCGUAGCGUAACGUUUUUAUACGAAUGUAGUUCUCAACUGUUACCAUCAUUAUAUUUAUAACGUAUAUUGAAUUUUUUUUCCUGUGCAAGCCCUUCCGCAUGCAGCGGGCUUACACGCACGUUUCUAACUGAAAUAUCAGUCGUAUAGUGCAUGCCUUAUAUAUCUUUCCAGUAGGCCGCGCGGGUGACCGUAUGUUGUCCUAUUUACACUGUGGCUUUUAAAUAUGCACACCUUUAUAAAUCAGGUACGUGGAACUGUCUUCAAAAAAAUUUGGCACUCCACCGGCAGCAGCCGAAUUGGCCGGCACACAACCGGCCGGUAGUUUUUCGUCGCAGAGCACUUGCUACAGCGCUCACUUCACCGACGUACCGUGAACUUCAUCGUCGACCUCAUCGAUCGGAAAGUGCUCUGUUUUGUCUUUCACGGUGAUCAAUCUGCGCCGUUGAGAAGGCACAUCUAUUUCGGCUUCAAAUUGUUUGCUUGACUAGAGCACGCUUUUAGUUGUCACUGUUUCGCUAUCAUGCAUACAGAUGUUCUUGGUGGUCCGUCAACCAUCGACUACCGGGUCUGCUUAGUAGCAACGACCACGGCUGAUGUUGGUCACAUAUACAACUGUAGACGGAUAUUGGACAAAAAAAUUAGUUUUUUCAAUAUGCUUUUAUAAUAGUUUUUUUUCUAUAUGUCGUUUCCUGUUUGGCCAUUUUUUGCUAUGUCUAGUUGCCUUAUUAUUCCUUUGUACUGCUACCACCUUUCGUGUUUUUGUUAAUCCUCUUCAACGCGCUUUUUUCGUUUUCUUCGCCACCCCAAUCUCUCACUUGGCUAUGAUUUAAUCAUAAUCGUGUAAGCUCGUCGAUCGUUAUCUAUUGCUUUUCGUUGGCUGCCGUCGUUACAUCUUCCGUCUCUGAUUGCCGCAUUAUACCCUGUGUCUUCUUCUUGUAGUCAAACUGAUCGAACUUCUACUGGUUCGGCUUGCCUGCUCGUUAUUUCUGAGGACUUCCCGCGUAUUUUUCCCUACCACGUUCGGUUCUCCCCUGCAUCCGUCCAGUCCGUCCGCGUCAACGCGUCCCCGGCACUUCUUCUUUGUUUUCUGGUGCCUCUUGUGCAUUUUCUUCUCUUCCAUGAACAGCUGUUCUGCUGUCUCAAUUCGAUUCGUGAUCCCCGGGGUGCCCGAGUGACUAAAGCAAGAAGCGAGUGCAGCAAUUCACCGAGCGCAGUCAAUGGAGCAGCAGCGUUGGCCGAGGUCAGUUGCCUCUUGCUUGGAUGCAUAAAUGCAGCCUUCAUUUUCUUAUCGCGUUUUUUAUGCGACUGCCAUUCGUGCCUGCCUCUUCUAGUGUGCUGUAGCAAGCCGUCUGGCCAUUUUGGUUUAUACCACGUAUAUAUAUAUAUAUGGGCUUGUGUGUGUGUGUGUCUGUACGUGUCCGUAGCGUAGGCGCCUAAAACGUUUGGCCCGAACAGAUGAGUCAAAAUUGACGCCUGACGGCCGCACGAUAGCUGCACCCCUGUAGUAUAACAUAUAAUGCGCUAACCUCUCGAUGCAAGAGCAGCUGUAGGGGAACGGAACGCAAGAGGGCGCGCAGAGAUGAAGAAGGAGAGACCCCCUAAUCGGCCGUUACCGCUGCCGCCGUAUUGAUGUAACAACACAACAAAGAACGCGCGCUAAGCUGAGCCGAGAAAUGGCAAACUGCAACCAAACCCACUGACAGACCACCCGGUCGGUCGGUGGGUCGGCCGGCCAGCCAGCCAGCCAGCCAGCCAACAAACAGGCAGACAGACACCAACUAACUGCUAGAACUUGCUGCAUCCGUGGUGUGAUUCCUCUGCGGCAAUCCGCUGCGGGUUCGGAAGCCAAAGAUAGGACCCGGUCUGCGCGUAACUUCGCCGUCGCUUGUCUAAGCAUUCGGUCUUGGUUCAUCAAGAGGAGUCCUCACCGCCAUCGAAGACGUCGUUGACGCCGUCUUCGAAGUUAUAUCCGCCAUGCUUCCGACGUGAACGCCCCGUUAAGCGUAGCAGCGUAACUCAACUUAAUGUAACACAACCGUGUACUGCGGUAACCGUGAACGGCGAUAAUAAAGGCAAGUGCUGAUCCCCUUGCCGCAAUGGCAGCUUGGAGCAGCCGUCACCGGCGCACCGGUACAGUAACGUACAAUGCCGUGCUGGUAAUAUCGCAGUGCCGUAGUAAAAUGGGCCUCGCUGCGGUCGAUCAUAACACGACAGACGCUAUAAGAACGCAACAUAAGACCGAACGCUCUUGCUGCUCUCGAGGCGAAAGUUGCUCGAUACAUGGAUAACGGUUAGUUCGUAAUGCUGUAGCCAGGUGGCGCUGAGCGUCAUCAGGACGACGUCUUCUGUCGCGCCUCUCGACUAUCGUCGGCGUAUUGGUAACGACUGCAGCAAAGGCAAACCACAAGAAAUCGCAUGGUGCCAAUGCUUUGCUACUGACUCUGGAGCUGCCGACUUGUCGCGCCAGCGCCGCUGUCACGACAACCACUGCUUCUGCUAUUAUUAAUGGUGCUCCUUCGAAUCGGGUGCUCGAAAGCUGACGAAUUGGAUUGUGCGAACCGGAACGGUGUCGGCAAGCCUGUCCUCCAGCUGCACGCGGCCACAGUGUUUCCUCGGAUUUGAUCAGGCGGUGCCGAAAACUAGUUACAACGAGCUGUUAACAAUGACAACGACGCCAGCCACAACGAUAACAACAAUAGCAACAACCACGACAACAGCACUGAUUAAAGUAACAAGUGAAUUGAAAGUGCAGUAGUACAACAAUAACGAAUGCGGCCUUUCUCUGCUCGCUUUCACGUGAUUAAAUUAUUCUGCCACCAGCAUCGUCCCAGCCAUCGGCGUAGUACGCGCCCGCGCAGCUGCUGCCGGCGAUUGUAAAUCUGUGGAUGCCACAAAUCCCCGUGUCGUUUGCACAAUUAUCCAGACAAAUACCCAUGCACAAAGCGUUCUUUGUGGCGCCACAAUAGGAAGUGCCGCGUAUUUUUGCGUAGGUGAUAACGGUGUUUAGCGUUUGCGCAAUGAUCGACUACUUACUAGCAGAUUUGUUCUAAUUCGAAUUUUACUAGCAUUAUUAUAACAGUUAUAAGCACUGUCACCGUGCAAUGAACAUCUAAGCAUAAUAGAGGAUCUGCAUUGAUCCAGUUGGCGUUCGAUACUGCUGCUCCGAACGUGUUCUAUACACAGUGUCAAGAUCUAUUCCAGUGCGAAAUCGUGCCUACGACCACCAUUACGCUACUGUGAGAGGAUACGUUCCAUAAACACUAAGUUGUUGGGCGCACGGGGUAAUUCUAUAACAACAAUAAUAGUAUAAUACACUGAACUCGGCGACCUAAGCGAGACCGCUGCCCACCAAUCAGCUGCUAUCUAGUCUUGUCCGUCUGGGGAACUUCGUGCGUGGUCGCUAUUGGUCGCACUUCAACUUCCUGGGCCACCUAGCACCGCACUAUUCGUCACUUACUCAUAUCUGGCCUACUCCCGGCGUAACUGCUCGCUCUGUAAUCAUCUAGUACAUACCGAACACGACACGGCACGGUAUUAAUGAGGCGACGCAUAAAGCUGUGAAUAGCAGCGCCUCUAAAUUCUCGUCGUCCUUGGUGCGAUUCCGUCGAAAUUGAUCAGUUCGUCAUGAUCUCCAAUCGGCGUCGAACCCUCCUCCUCAAGGGGUUCGUACUUCUGUUUGGCUCGUGGACGGUGGCGUCGUUCGCCUUCGCUGUUCUCUCGUCCAAAUCGCGUGCCACCGAAGUUCUCGAGGCAUCAGCGCUACCUCAACUCUUUCUGCCCCAUGUGGAGGCAGAUAAAGGACAGCCGUUCGUUGGCCAUCGAAGGCUACGGCAGAAGUUGCCUUGGCACGAGGACGUAUCGAAUCAGAAUAGCCGAAACGGUGACACUGACAACGAACUUGAGGCUUUAGAGGACCGAAGCAAAUUGGAUGAUGCUAACCAGUCGCGAAAGAAGUCGCCAUCACGCAACCCGAACGGACCCGGCGAAAUGGGCCUGCCCGUGAAGUUAAAGGACCUCACAGCCGUCGAAAAAGCUAAGGAGAAGCAAGGCUGGAAACAAAAUGCGUUUAACUCAUAUGUGUCGGACCUAAUUUCCGUGCAUCGUUCCUUACCUGAUAUGCGGUACCCCGAAUGCCGGCCAAUGGCCUACCUCAAGGAUCUGCCCGCUACUUCAGUAAUUGUGUGCUUCCACAACGAGGCGUGGAGUGUCCUUUUGCGUACUGUGCACUCGAUUCUGGACCGAUCGCCGUCGCCUCUGAUCAAGGAAAUCAUCCUAGUUGACGACUUUUCGGAUAUGGAACAUAUAAAGAAACCUUUGGAAGACUACAUGGCCGAUUACCCGAAAGUGCAUAUCGUGCGAGCAACAAAACGUGAAGGCCUAAUUCGAGCACGGCUGCUCGGUGCACAGAAGGCCACAGCUCCAGUUUUAACGUUCCUCGAUUCGCACGUUGAGUGUACCGAAGGCUGGCUGGAGCCGCUAUUGGAUCGGAUUGCACGUGACCCGACAACGGUCGUCUGUCCUGUCAUCGAUGUAAUAAAUGAUGAGACGCUCGAGUACAAUGUGAAGGAAAGUGCCGAAGUAAACGUAGGAGGAUUUGAUUGGAGCCUUCAAUUCUCGUGGCAUUCUAUUCCAGAUCGAAUAGUGAAAGCUGGAUACAAGAAAUGGAUGCCUGUUGAAAGUCCAACGAUGGCGGGGGGUCUUUUCUCAAUCGACGCUAACUUUUUUCGAAAGCUCGGAACUUACGACUCCGGUUUUGAUAUCUGGGGAGGCGAAAACCUCGAGCUAUCCUUCAAGACCUGGAUGUGCGGCGGUCGUUUAGAGAUAAUUCCUUGUUCGCAUGUAGGCCAUAUCUUCCGCAAAAGGUCACCGUACAAGUGGCGUUCGGGAGUAAACGUUUUGAAAAGGAACUCAGUCCGUCUGGCGAAGGUUUGGUUGGACGAUUUCGCCAAGUACUACUUCGAUCGUAUUGGCAAUGACUUGGGAGAUUACGGUGACAUAAGUGAACGAGUCGCUCUGCGAAAAGGACUUGACUGUAAACCAUUCUCGUGGUUUGUUCGCACCAUCUACCCAGAACUGUUUGUUCCUGGAGAUGCCGUUGCAUCCGGUGAGAUACGGAACCUCGGCACCGGCGGGAUGUGCAUUGACAGCCCCGCCGGCAAAGACGCAAUGCAUAAGCCCGUGGGGCUGUACCCCUGUCACAACCAGGGAGGUAACCAGUACUGGUUAUUCUCGAAAAAUGGCGAAAUCAGACGGGAUGAAGCAUGUCUUGAUUUUGCAGGGACGGAUGUUAUACUUUAUCCGUGUCACGGCUCAAAAGGAAAUCAAUAUUGGGUGUACCAAUACGAGACAAAUUUACUUCAACAUGGAAGUAGUCGCAAAUGCUUAGAAAUGUCGCUCGCAAAGGACAAACUUUUGAUGCGGUUUUGCGACGAGGACAACAACCGACAAAAAUGGCGCUUCGGACACUUCAACAAAACAAUUGCUAACCAAGAACCCAAUGCCAAUCAAAGCCCUUAGCGUUCCCGCUACUUUCCGUGCCAUAGCCUUUUUCGUUUGCAAAGUACCAUUAUAUGUCUUACUGAUCCUCUAGAUUCAUUUCAUCAUUCAACCAAGCUGUCCGGAGAAUUGUAAUAGCAGGAGCUCAGGAUACAUCAACGACUGGUGUGAGAUUUUCGAGAUGACGCUACUAAGGGAUGUAGCGUCGCCUGGAACCAUUCCGAAGAAUUACGUCUGAGUAGAUCCUCACUGUCGCUCAGUUUCCCGUAUCUCACGGAUUUACGGCAUUGACUAUUGGUAACUAAUGACACUGUCUAAUAAAUGAGCCACAGUUAGGAUAGGUCCAUGUACAUGUGUAUAUAAAAGGUUAAUAAUAAAAUUAAUUUAUGUAAUAUGAAAAUUUGGCUACCUGCUAGAUUUUAUUAACUGCUACCACUCAAUCAAUAAGUAAAAUCUAUGUAGGUGGCACAGUUUAUGCGGUUGUAAUCAAAAGCCAUUUUAUAUAUAUAAUUUAUAUUUUUCGGUAUAAUUAGACCGCGUUUAAUUUAUUGAAACAGCAUCUGACAAUUUUCACCGGUACAGUAAAGUCACGCAAAUAAUCUUAGGCUUCACUUAGAAAUAG